UUCUUUAUGAUGGCAAUAGUCAAUUCAUAGAUGAUCAGAUUUAUCUCACUUUCACUUCUCACAUUUUUUUUUGAGACAUAGAGAAUAUUAGCAUGGGUAUGGUCAUGAUCAAUAACUAGGUAGACUGUUUGACCUUUGUAAGGUCUCAUUUGGCUCUGGGAUUCUACGCCUCUUUCCAUUUUCAGCAAGGUUUCAUGUUAAGAUGGAUGUUUAAAAGAGCACAGAAAAGAAGAUCUGAUGUGAUGUGGAACUUUUAACAGCACUUUGACUACUUGAUAGGCUUGGGAACAUAACACACGCAUAAGACAGAGUCCUGGCUUCAAGAUGCUUAUAACUUUGUGAUCGACCUAAAGGAAGCAUGAUUGUAGAACAGUUUGGUGUUUAUGAGGUAUUUUGAUUUGCCCGGAAACAGGACAACUAAUGAGUAUGGCAUCCAGGAGAUUGUUUUUCUUGCAAGACUAUUGACUGCCCACCAUUCCUUCUGCUAAAUAAGAUGAGUAGGGAAGACCUGUUGCAUUGUGCCUUAGCUGGACCAAUUAUUGUGGAGCCACAUGUCACAGCAGUAUGGGGAAAGAAUGUUUCAUUAAAGUGUUUAAUUGAAGUAAAUGAAACCAUAACGCAGAUUUCAUGGGAGAAGAUACAUGGCAAAAGUUCACAGACUGUUGCAGUUCACCAUCCCCAAUAUGGAUUCUCUGUUCAAGGAGAAUAUCAGGGAAGAGUCUUGUUUAAAAAUUACUCACUUAAUGAUGCAACAAUUACUCUGCAUAACAUAGGAUUCUCUGAUUCUGGAAAAUACAUCUGCAAAGCUGUUACAUUCCCGCUUGGAAAUGCCCAGUCCUCUACAACGGUAACUGUGUUAGUUGAACCCACUGUGAGCCUGAUAAAAGGGCCAGAUUCUUUAAUUGAUGGAGGAAAUGAAACAGUAGCAGCCAUUUGUAUCGCGGCCACUGGAAAACCCGUUGCACAUAUUGACUGGGAAGGUGAUCUUGGUGAAAUGGAAUCCACUACAACUUCUUUUCCAAAUGAAACAGCAACGAUUAUCAGCCAGUACAAGCUAUUUCCAACCAGAUUCGCUAGAGGAAGGCGAAUUACUUGCGUUGUAAAACAUCCAGCCUUGGAAAAGGACAUCCGAUACUCUUUCAUAUUAGACAUACAGUAUGCUCCUGAAGUUUCGGUAACAGGUUAUGAUGGAAAUUGGUUUGUAGGAAGAAAAGGUGUUAAUCUCAAAUGUAAUGCUGAUGCAAAUCCACCACCCUUCAAAUCUGUGUGGAGCAGGUUGGAUGGACAAUGGCCUGAUGGUUUAUUGGCUUCAGACAAUACUCUUCAUUUUGUCCAUCCAUUGACUUUCAACUAUUCUGGUGUUUAUAUCUGUAAAGUGACCAAUUCCCUUGGUCAAAGAAGUGACCAAAAAGUCAUCUACAUUUCAGAUCCUCCUACUACUACCACCCUUCAGCCUACAAUUCAGUGGCAUCCCUCAACUGCUGACAUCGAGGAUCUAGCAACAGAACCUAAAAAAUUGCCCUUCCCAUUGUCAACUUUGGCAACAAUUAAGGAUGACACAAUUGCCACGAUCAUUGCUAGUGUAGUGGGUGGGGCUCUCUUCAUAGUACUUGUAAGUGUUUUGGCUGGAAUAUUCUGCUAUAGGAGAAGACGGACGUUUCGUGGAGACUACUUUGCCAAGAACUACAUUCCACCAUCAGAUAUGCAAAAAGAAUCACAAAUAGAUGUUCUUCAACAAGAUGAGCUUGAUUCUUACCCAGAUAGUGUAAAAAAAGAAAACAAAAAUCCAGUGAACAAUCUAAUACGUAAAGACUAUAUAGAAGAGCCUGAAAAAACUCAGUGGAACAAUGUAGAAAAUCUCAAUAGGUUUGAAAGACCAAUGGAUUAUUAUGAAGAUCUAAAAAUGGGAAUGAAGUUCGUCAGUGAUGAACAUUAUGAUGAAAAUGAAGAUGACUUAGUUUCACAUGUAGAUGGUUCCGUAAUUUCCAGGAGGGAGUGGUAUGUUUAGCAACCACUGAAUGUGACUUAACUAUGUACAAUGUUCAUUCAUACUAGUUGAUCAUUUUCAGAUUGUUCAUACUUUUUCUUGAGGAAGAAUAAGCUUUUUCAAGUUGAUUUUCAAGCUUUUUAUAUUCUAGUCUGACAAAUGAAAAUGUAAAAUCUGAGUUCAGUGUAUCUAAGCUGCUUUACAAUUUUUUUUCAAUGCUGUACUACUGUCUCAAGAUUUAAAUUUUAAUGCAGAGUACUUUAUUGAUGUGAGGCACACAGGUAAGAAGAAAUGUCAAUAUUAAAUGUAUGACUUAUUUGGUACAAAAAUUUUUAAAAAAGGGAACUACCUUGACAUUGUGUAUUAAAUGUUUACCUAAGACAAUAAUCUCAAGUAUGUUUGUUUAACAUAUACCUCUCAAAAUUUAUCACCACUCAAUGACACUGCAUCAAAAUCGACUAUAAAACUAAUUCAAGAAAUAUUUAUAUAUAUUUUUUAAUAUACACAAAAUAUUUAGCCUGAUGGAAUGGCUUUCCUUUUCAAACAUUAUUUUCUAAGUUUCUAUACAAAUGAAAUCUUUACCUCUGCAUAUUAAUGAGCCUUGCCAUAAUUACUGUAGAGUGGCUUUUCAAAGAUAUUUUGUUGCACUAAAACUGUGGUAGUAAACUCAGUGAACAUGAUGUGUGGAAGAGCAUAAUUAGCUGGUCAAUAUUUUUGUCCAGAAUACCUACAAGAGUAAUAAAAUACAUGCCUUUCAAACGUGAUAA